CACGGUCCGGGUGUGCGCCGUGCAAAGCCUUCCGGCAGGGAGAGACGUCGGUGCAGACGCGGGCCGAGGCGGCGGGAGCGGCGGGAUGGCCCUGCCGGGCGGAAAUAAGGAUAACAUCAGAGCAGGAUGCAAAAAGUGUGGUUACCCUGGUCAUUUGACAUUUGAAUGUCGAAACUUCCUCCGAGUAGAUCCUCAAAGAGAUAUUGUUUUAGAUGUUAGCAGCACUAGCAGUGAAGACAGUGAGGAAGAAGAACUACAGAGAUUGCAGGCCAUGCGUGAAAAAAAGAAUUUAAAUGAAGAGGAAGAAAAAAAGAAACAAAAAAGAAAAAACAAAGAGAAGACAAAAAGACUAAGGAAAAGAUCUUCCGCAUCAAGUUCAGUUGAAGAGGAGGGGCCAAAGUCAAAAAAACAAAAAUCACAUAAAAAAGAAAGGGAAAAGGGGAAAAAGCAUAAAUCUAAGAAAGAAAAGCAUCAUAAAAAGGAGAAAAAGAAGAGACGAAAGGAGAAAACUUCAUCUUCUGACAGUUCAGACAGUUCAAGUAGUGACUAAGAUGCUGGUCUAUUUUUGUGUUCACUUCUGCAGAGAAGAAUUUUGACCAUCAGAGAAUUUCAACAAAGAAUAAAGUUGAGCUUUAAGAAACACAUUGUAUAUGGUACUAGUUGUCCAGGAGAAGAUUUAGGCUGGAAAUUGGCAGAAACUUUCUUUACAUCAAAGAACUGCAGUCUUAAAAGAGCAAGAAAUAAAACUUCUGAAAGAAAGAGCUUAGUACAUGUAAUGGCUCAAAGAUAUGCUUGCAUGAGACAGCAACAGGUUACAAAUAAAAACAUGCUCUCUUGGACACCAGAAUUCGCAUUACACUGGUACUUAAGUACAUUUAAAAAGAAGGGAGAAAAUAUAAAUAUCACACCAAGAAAAUUUACAGAUGAUACAAAAUAAGGUGAAGACUCAAAGUGCUACUGAGGAGAAGACUGAUAGCUUAAAGCCAGACAAGUUCAGACAGGAAAAUGGAAAAUAUCUAAGACUGGCAAUAUGAGGCUAGAUCUGAACAGCAGAUUAUGCAUAUGCUAGGAACAGCUGUGGAACAAUUUAAAGUCAGUGUUAGAACUCUUGCCACACUAUGAUCCACAGAAGAUAUCUCCUGCUCACUUGCAUUUAGCCAAGCUCAGUUUUUUUGAAGCAGAAAAGGAAGGUUCUGCUGGUAAAGGGUAGGUUUUGCUGCCUGUCAGUCAGUGCCUUCAAGAUUCUAGAACUACUUCCCAAAAUAAUGCUACAAAUCUCCUCACUGAAGUAACUCGGGACUAAGUGAGCAGAAAUACAUCUUUCAUUAGCUUCUGUUGCUUCUUGUUCAUGAAGCUGGACAAUGGAUAGGAUACCUCUUACAUAAUAAGGAAUCUCACCUUUACACUGACAAAAGACCAAUCGGUAUUUAAUGCAUCAUUGUACAGUUAUUUCUGGGAUGGAAAUGGGAUAGAAGUUGGGUCUUAUGUUUUUUCUGUUUUCCAAUGGAGAUUUUCUAGGUUUUGAUUAGAAGAAAAGAGUGCUAGAACAGAAAAUCCUUAUAGAAAAUCCUGGGGCUUUGGAACAGAAAUACUCAAAUGGCAGAUGACUACUCUUUGCCACAUCAACCAGCAUUUCCAUCAAAUGUCACAAUUCCUCUUCCAGCAGGAACCAAAAUUUUGUAAAAAUCUUCGGUAGAGAUGACUUCUGCAGGUUUUUUAAUAGAAGGUGUUAAAAUAUUUCAUCUGCAGGAAAUCAGCAGGGAAUUGCCUUCCUCAGCAAUUACCAAAAAACUAUCAGUUGGUAGCAACAGAAAUAUCCCUUAAUUCUCCAAUACUUUUGUCUUUUGGAAGUUGUAUGAAGGUUAAGUCACAAUAACAGAAAUGCUUAAAUUGUAAUACAGAAAUGAAAGAUGGGAAACCAGCAAUAAGGAUUAUAGUAUCAGGUAUUAACAACUACGGUUUGGGUGAGGUCUUUUGUGCUGUGGCUAGAUAUCACCAUCCAUUUGCACUGAAAGAAGAGAAUUCAUCUGUUUUUUGGUAUUUUUUUGUGCAAACACUGAUGGAAAAAUACUACUGCAGACUUAACAUUAGAUUUUGCUCUUGAUAAAUGACAUGAUCUUGGAAAUCUGUUAUAUUUGACAUUUCUUCACUGGGAAAGUAGUACAGCACUAGGGCAGGUUGUUCAGGAAAGCUGAAGAGUUUCUAUCUUCAGAGGUUUUCAGGACUCAAAAACAGUCACUUGGAUUGAGAGGGCAUAUUAAAUGGUGAGGUGCUACAAACACCUAGCUGCAACCUUUAGGUAGUCCCUCUUUCCAUCUCUAUAAGGCAGAAGCAUUCAUGUUUCACAGGAAUACUGGAAAAAUAUUGAGUGAUGCCAAUACGAAUAAUCCUGUUCAGAUGGGAACCUUUAGGACUAAGAGAGUAAAAUUAUGUUGCUCUUUUUUGUUUUGUUUUUAAUUUAGCUAUACUGAGAUAUUCAUUUGGGUGGUAUUCUGUUUGUAAUGAAAUCAUACAUCAACAGCAUACUCUGGCGUCCAGUACUUACUGCAAUAUUAGUAGACAGUUAAACUGUCUCUCCUAGUCAGUUAAUCAAAUACUUAGUAAAAUUCAAUGUGCUGCUUCACAGUCUGUCAUGACCAGGAAAGACUGAUGUUAUACUUUUGCUUGGGACUGGUCAAAGAACUCAAAUCUUUUGCAGCCACGUUUCCCAAGUAAGCUCAGUAUGGGUUAAGAGGCUAUCUUCUGGAGGCUUUUUUUUUUAAAUAUCUUGAUCAACCUUGACUGGGUAAUCAGCUGAGCACCGCUUAGAGGGGAUGUCACUCUGGCCAUUGCUUUGCAAAUUAUAUCUAAUUUAGAAGUGACUAGGAGUCCCAAAUCGAACAUAAACCAUUUGGUCCAUUCUCAGAUGUCUAGACUAGAUCCAAAAUAAAAUUUAGUGGGUCUUAGGCAAAUUGAGGUGUCACAGACCAAAACUUUUAAUUCUGAAAAUUCAAGACCUUCACCCUUUUACAUUCAUGAUACUUGUUCGUGUGUAAAGAAGCUGGUGCCUUAUUGCAAGUUUAAUUUUUCUUGUUUGAAUAUUGAUGCAUUAGACCUGGGGUCUAAAAAAGCAUGAUGUGGGUGCUUAUAUUAGGUGUACUUGGAAGGGUUUUGGUAGCAGGGGGGUUACAGGGAUGGAUUCUGUGAGAAGAUGCCAGAAGUUACCCCUGUGUUGGACAACACCAGUUCCAGCUGGCUCCAAGAUGGACGCUCCACUGGCCAAGGCCAAGAGCAUCAGUGAUGGUGGUAGGACCUCUGGGAUAAUAUAUUUAAGAAAGAGUGAAGCCUGCUGUACAAUGGCAUCAAGGAGAGAGGACUGAGAAUAUGUAAGAGUAACAAAUUGCAGACAGCAAGGUCAGUGAAGAAGGAGGGGGAGAAGGUGUCCCAUGGUGAGGCAGCUGCCCCCUAUGGUCCAUGGAGGUCCACAGUGGAGUAGAGGUCCACCUGCAGAUCAUGGAGGAUCCUGUGUUAGAGCAGGUGGAUGUGCCCAAAGGAUGCUGUGAUCCUGUGAAAAGAUGGUGCUGGAGCAGGCUCCUGGUAGAACUUUUGGCCCCAUGGAGAGAGGAGCCCAAGCUGGAGCAGUUCAUGAAGAACUGCAGGCUGUGGGAAAGACUCGUGUAAGAGAAUUUCAUGGAGGACUGUGUCCCACGGGAAGAUCCCACGUUGGAGCAGGGAAGGAGUGUGAGGAGGAAGGGAUGGCACAGACAACGAAUGCCUGAUGAACUGACCACAACCUCCAUUCUCCAUCCCCCUGUGCAGCUUGGGGGAAAAAGCUAGAGAAACCAGGAGUGAAGUUGAGCCUGGGGAAAAGGGAGGGGUGAGGGAAAGGUGGAUUUAGAUCUGUUCUUAUUUCUUCUUAUCCUACUCCACUGUUAAUUGGCAAUAACUUAAUUUUCCUGAGUCAACUUGGUUUUGCCCAUGAUGAUAACCAAAUUGUUGAGCGAUCUCAGUGUCCUCAACCCACGAGCCUUUCAUCAUCCUUUUCUCCCCCUGUCCAGUUAAGGAGGGGGAGCGAUAUAUCAACUUUGGUGGGCAUCUGGUGGGCAGCCAAGGUCAACCCACCACAGUGCUCUCAAAAAUAUUCCAUUAAGCUUGUUGUGUUUUCUGUUAUAUUUCUCAUAUCUUUAUAUUUUUGUCUAGUUUACUGUAUUCCCACUGAUUUUCUGUCUUGAUGUCUGUGGAGUCUCUAUACCUGCUUCAAAGACAAUAAAUUUUGGGCUAUGUAGUAAACAUCUCUUAUAGUAGUCCAUUGCCACAGUCUAAACAGCUCUUCAAACUUGUCAAAGUCCUUUAAUUUAUACUCAUCUGCUUACCUUAUAUUGAAAAAUGAAUGGCUCUAUAUUGUAUCUCAUCCAAAAUAAGCCUGCUAUGGGAUGAACAGUUAACAGGGACAAUCUUGUACGUAUUGUAUAAGUUAAGAUGCAGAUUUUGCAUGCUAAUUUUUCAUAUUGGGUUAGCAUGCAGCCUGCAAUAUGUAUUUGCUCUCUACUUCUGUAUGCUUGUAUUUUGCUUCUACUCUGAAAAAUUUAGACUUUACACUGAAUAUAUAUAUUUGACUUCUCAGACUGUUAUUUUUUAUGACAUGAAAUAUCUGAAAACCUGGAGCUGCACAGGGUUUUAGUAAAAAAAGACUUAGUGGAACUUGUCAUAUUUGGUAGGUACGGGAAUUUUUGCUUCUUGUUUCCUACCCUGCAAAAGAAUUAUGGUGCCUUUAACCUAUAACAUUUUCAACUAAACUGUUCAAACCUUUAGAAGGCAAUUAUUGCUUUCCUCUGUAUUCUCCCUAACUUGCUUGUUUCCAUGCGUUCAGGAGGUCACCAAUGUGAAGUUGUCUU